AUGGAAAAUAAUAUUUUUGUGUAUGAUCUUAAAGAUCAUUCCCUUAAAAAGAUGCCAAAAAAAAAAAAAAAAAAACUGCGAAAAAUAUAUAAAUUAUUAAUUGUUCUGUCUAUUUCUAUAAUACUUUAUCUUAACUUAAAAUUUUUUUCAGUAUCUGCAAAAAAUAUAAAUAACGAAAAAAUAAACUCCCAUGGAAUUAUUACAUCAUCUAUUCCUAAUGAUAAUACAAAUAUAAUAGAAGAAAAUAAGAAGGAACAUAAUACAAAUUAUAGUACUGAAGAAUUAUUAAAUAAUACUGAAGAAAUAAAAAAAAAUGAAGAACGUUCUGAUUCAUCUGAUAAUAGAGAAUACGAUCAAGAUAUAUAUAAGGAAAAGUUUUUAGGUGACGAUUUUAUAAGUAAUGUUGAGUUAAUAAAAAAUAGCAAAUUUAUAAUUAAUGCUGUUAAUUUUUUACUUAAAGGAUAUAAGCAAAGUUAUACAACUGGUGAAAGAGAUCAUACGUCUUUGAGAAAUGGUAAUGAUAAUCCUAAUGCUGCAGAAAUUAAAAAGUUAAUUAUAAUUAAAUUAUUAAAAUGUAUAGGAGUUUUAAUUUUAUGUUAUAUUGCUAUUCGUCUAGUUUUUUCAUUCUUUAAAAAAAUAAUAAAUUUGAUUUUUACCAUUAUAUUUAAAAUUUUCAAAUGUUGCUGUUGUGGGGGGAAAUAA